AUGGCCGCCAUCCAGCUCGCCAAAAAAGCUGUUACCCUGCCUCCCACCGUCCGCACGCUUGCGUCCGGUGUACCUAGUGCCUCCCUCAUUAAUCUCUCUGUUCGUGAGCCUGCUGGACACGGACACGGACAUGGGCAUGGUGUCGGUCCUCGGUCGGACGUCCCUCCAAAGUGGGUUGGAGGUGUAUCUGCCAACUCAUCUGUGGGCCUCGUCUCGAGGAAUGUCGUAAAUGGUAUGGAAGCGGUCUUAGCUGCUGGUAUUUCCCUGCCUCCCUCCACCGGCAUUUUCCAGAAACGCCUCAUCCACUCGUCCGUACCCGCGAAGGAUGCCCCUCAAGUCCCCGAUUUCUCGCACUAUGAGGCCAAGUCCGAGUCGACCAACCGCGGCGUCGCGUACUUCAUGAUUGGCUCGCUUGGCUUGCUGUCUGCGACCGUCGCAAAGUCCACUGUGACAGAGUUCCUCGCGACUAUGGCUGCGUCGGCGGACGUUCUGGCUAUGGCGAAAGUCGAAAUUGAGCUCGCGAGCAUUCCCGAAGGCAAGAACGCCAUCAUCAAAUGGCGUGGCAAGCCCGUCUUCAUUCGGCACCGCACGCAAGAUGAGGUCCAGGAUGCGAGGAGCACCAACUGGAAGUCUCUUCGCGACCCGCAAUCAGAUGAGGACAGGACGAAAAAGCCAGAGUGGUUAGUCAUGCUGGGUGUCUGCACUCACUUGGGUUGUGUGCCCAUUGGCGAGGCAGGUGAUUAUGGUGGAUGGUUCUGCCCAUGCCACGGAUCCCACUAUGAUAUCUCUGGUCGUAUACGCAAGGGUCCUGCUCCGUCCAAUCUCGAAGUCCCCCAGUACGAUUUCGACGAGGCUAACGGCUUGCUUGUCAUUGGUUAA